ACUCCGCCCUGGGCCGGCCGCUGUCGCUCGUUGGUGCCCGGCCGGCUCGAUGGAGGAGGAGGAGGAGGAGGCGCGGGCGCUGCUGGCGGGCGGCCCCGGCGCGCCCAGCGCGCUGCCGACCCUCUGCGACCCCGGCCGCCUGGCGCACCGGCUGCUGGUGCUGCUGCUGAUGUGCUUCCUGGGCUUCGGCAGCUAUUUUUGCUAUGAUAAUCCUGCUGCGCUUCGAAGUCAGUUUAAGCGGGUGGUGUUUGCUCUGGGUGGAAUCUUUAAUGCCUUUUGGCUGAUGGAAUUUGGAAGAUUUGUGUUUGGGAUUGGUGGGGAGUCCUUAGCAGUUGCCCAGAAUACAUAUGCUGUGAGUUGGUUUAAAGGCAAAGAAUUAAACUUGGUGUUUGGACUCCAGCUUAGCAUGGCUAGAAUUUCUUCACGUACGCUCCCCCAGGCUCUGCGUGCCGUUCGCGGUGAUUGGAAGCUCGCUGUGAUGGGCGGCCCACCUUCUCCGGCUAACUUCGUAGAGCUCAGCCUCACACAGGUGAAGGCCGCCUGCGCGAGUAGCGUGAUGGAUGGCUCUGACUUUGUCCUCUGGUUAAUGUUCAUUUCCUCUGCUGUGCGCCAGCACUUUGCUUACUAAGGCAGCUCUUAAGUUCUUGGUCAGACAUGCUCAUUUUCUGUGUUUGUCUAAGCCGCAUGAUGUUGGUUUCAGGUGCUUGACCGUGGUGCUCACACCUCUCUGGACUGAGCACGGGUGGCCACUGCUCCCGGCAUUUGCACCCUGGAAAGGAUCAUGGUGUUUUAGGUUUGGUCUGAAAGAUGGCACCCAGGAGAACAACAUUAUGCUUUUAUUAAUGCAACCUGUAGGGUGUUCUGACCGUCCCAAACCCCUUUAGGUUUUCUCUUCAUAAACUCCUAUGAAUAGAGGUUUUUAAAAAAAUCCUUACCAUUAAAAAUCAAGCUUUCCAAAUCCUGAGAAAAAAGAACAAAACGGGAGGCAUCACAAUCCCUGACUUCAAAACAUACUAUAAAGCUACAGUAAUCAAAACAGCAUGGUACUGGUACAAAAACAGGUGCACAGAUCAA